AUGGGCGCUUGCGCAACUUGGAUUGGACCACACCCACACCGUCAACAUAGUGCCAUGUCUUUGUACGAGGAUCGCGCUCUACAAUCAAGCCAAAGUGGCAUUUAUCCACUCUUUCGUCUCAAGAACAUAGCUGACGAAUCACCAGAGAGUGCAACCCACAACCACUUGUUCGGCCAAUCAAGACUGCCAAACGAGGUUCUGAUAACAAUCAUACAAUUCGUACAUGCGAAAAGAGAAUUAUAUGCACUCUGUCUAACUAAUAGAUUCGCUCGGGAAAUUGCUACGCCCAUUCUCUACCUGCAUUACUUUGCCAAUAGUCAACUAGCCAGAUCCUUCAAUGAUCUCGACGUAGUUCUACAACAUCCCCAAUUCGGACACAUCGUGAACACUCUUCGUAUCUCCCUCCCCUCCAACUCCUGCCCAUGUAUCAGAGAGUAUGGACUUGCUCCAUGCUCAUGUACUAUUCGGGACGAGGAACUAGGAGGCGUAUUGAUCAAUUUACCUAACUUGAAAUCAUUGGACAUUGAUUGUGACCUGUGCCCCCCACAAGGGUCUCACCGACAUCAAUACCUCCUCCAUCUUAAAACACGGGUAUUGCAAGCAGUUCGAUUCAAGUGCAAUUGCUCAAGAAUAGGAGAUGUCGAGAUGUCGAAAAUGCUGGGUUCACCGUCUAUGGAUUCUGUGACCUCGCUGGACUGGAACAUUACGAAAGCCCAUAGGGAGGAUUGUGAUUAUCUCACUUCGUCCCUGAAGCAUACAAGCAUCCUUUCAAAACUUGAGGAGCUUCACCACAACGGGAGCAGGUAUGACGACUCACUAUGGCGAUACCGUCAAAUACGACGACUAGAUGGGAGUUAUCUUUGCAAUUGGAAGGCAUUGCUAAAUGGCGGGAUUCUACACAGGGGUGAUAUAUCACUAACACAUUUGAGCCUUUGCUCCUUCUUCAUCAAGGAGUUGGCUCAGCUUAUAGAACAAGACCCUAACCCUCUACGCAACCUCCGACAUAUCGGAACCUUCGCAUAUUUUAUGGAUGGCCCAGGAUUGCUCGAAUAUCUUCGUCAAUACACACGCCUCAGCAAGUUAGUUUCCUUCGAUGUCCAUGUUGGCUCCUAUGUUCUCCUCACCGAUAUGGAAGAGUUUCUGGACAGAUACUCGAUUCAUCUCUUGACAUGGUUUCCCGAUGAUGACCUUAUACGAGACUGGGGGGUUCUAUACGAGAAGUGCAUUACUGAUGGAUGCACCGAGAACGCAGCGGCCCUGAUAGGACAUCCCGAAGACUAG